AUGCUAGAAACGGGUAUUUCAUGUGAUAAACCAACUUUCUACAUUCGAUUAAGUGCAUACGCUUCUCUCCCCAACAUUGAAGCAAUGGAAAAAGUUCUUAAAAGAAUGGAAGAAAGCUCUACACUUACAGUUGACUGGAACGCUUACAUCAUCGCCUCAGGUGGGUAUUCAAAAUCCGGUAAACCGGAAAAAUCCUAUGAAAUGUUACAGAAAUCAGAAGGGUAUAUCCGUGGGAAUUCCAAAGGGACAGCUUGGGAAAUUCUUAUUCGAAUGUAUGCAUCUCUAGGUAAAAAUGAUGAUGUGUAUAGAAUAUGGAAUUUAUACAAAUCCUCAUGGAGUAAAGUAUACAAUCGGGGCUAUUCAUCUAUGAUUUAUGCUUUAGUGAAAUUGGAUGACAUUGAUGGAGCUGAGAAGAUGUUGACCGUAUGGGAAGCUCAAAACUUGUCUUUUGACUUUAGGAUACCGAAUAUGGUUAUUGGUGGGUACUGUAAGAAGGGUAUUUUGGGGAAAGAAGAAAAGUAUGUUGAGCGGGUUGUGGAGAUGGGGAAGGUGGCUCCGAUGAGCACGUGGUGGUUGUUUGUGGUGGCGUAUGUUAGGGAGGAUGAGAUGGAGAAGGCGGUGGAGGUGUUGAGAAUGUGUGUGGUGGCUGAGGAUAAAAGGGGGUGUAGAUUGGAUCAAGAUGUGUUUGAAAAUUGUGUGGAGUAUUUGAAAGGGAAAGGGGAAUUGGAAUUGGUGGGAGAGAUUGAGAGGAGUUUUGAAAGUAGGAUUUGUGUUCCACAGAUUUUGGAUGGGAACGAAGGAUUGGAAUCGCAAGGUUUUGAUGAAAUUGAAGAGAGUAAUCGGUGA